AUGCAAAAUAAAAAUGAAUUUUUAAUUCUUUUACGUCAACAAAUUAAAAAUUUAAAAGAGGAUGAUUUAUUUAAUUGUGCAGUUUCUCAUUUAUUAAUUUUUGUUGGGGCUAACUUUGCUGGAUUUGAACGUCAACCUGAUGUCGGUAAAAACCUUCUGGAAGGGUUUGAAUCGCUUGAGGAAUUGAAGAAAGUUUCUUUUAAUGAACUAUCUUUUGGAUUGAAUAAACCGUUUGAUGGGGCCCGUUUUAUUGAACAUUUGUUUGCAGCAAAAGAAGCCUUUCGUCACUUACCUGCUUCUUGGAAUUCAUCUUUUGAACAUCUUUUAUGGAAAUAUCGUUUUUUAAAUAUUUGGUCAAAUAUUUUGUUUGACAAACAGAUUGAUUUAUUUAAACAAAUGAAUGAAUUGUCCAAUUUAUUAUUUAAAAUUUCUUCUUCAACUUCCAAAAAUCUUCAAAUAGAAUUUCUUUUGGAAAGGGCACUUUCUCUUUUAAAUUUUUUUGAAUUUUCCUCUUCAAAGAAAUGUUUGGAAGAAGCAAUUAAACUUGCCGGAUUUAAACAAUUACAAUUAGGUGGAGCUUUAGGGUUUGUAUUUGAUGCUUUAAUAGCAUCAAAUAUAGAUGCUUUAAUAGUACGUACUGUGAAAACGAAAUUAGUAUUAGAUGUGAAUUCUGUCUUAUUUGAUUUUUAA